AAAUCUUGUGAAUUGAGUGUGCGAAGGAGAGUGAGGAAGAUGGGGGAUUUGAACACCGAGAAUCCCCCGGGUGGAGGAAAGAGAAAAAAGAAAGAGACUAUUGAGCAUUCGGCUGAAAUGGACAUUGAUACGAGUGAAUCAACCGGUUCCAAUGAGCAAGAGAUUGAAGAGAUUAGUGAUUUUGAGAGUGAUGGAGAUUUUCAGGAGAGCGCCUCCAAUACGACGACAAAAUUAUCGAGUACAACCAACUCAGAUUUGCAUUCGAGUGAGCCUCAUGCAACGGGAUCAAAAAAUGAGCAAGUUCUGCAGAGCCAGAAAUCAAAUGAGGGAGUUGAUACAAAGAAGCCAAUGGAUGAUAUACUCUAUAGCAAGAGAGAUCACGGACCGUAUGUCGUUUAUUUCACAUACGAUGAAGGACAAUGGAAUGACAUCAAAUUGGGGAAAUUUCUCAAAGACUGCAACAGGCGAUUCGAGUCGAUCAAUAAAGUGAAUAAGAAGAAAUGCAGAGUUACAUUUUUUGCAGCUCAGGAUGCAAAUAAUGCAACAAAAAUGGUCAAUCUUCGCGCUAAUAACAUCAAAGCAUUCAUUCCUCGAUUUUUCGCUGAGAAAAUCGGUGUGAUUUAUGAUAUUCCACUUGAAAUGACCACGGAAAAUGUCUUCGAUGCCACUUCAUCACCAGUCGAGAUUAUAGGUAUGGAGAGAAUGAAGAAAUUCGCUGGAAAAGUGAAUGGAAAGGAUACAUUCACCACCACAACUUCAAUGAAAGUCAGAUUUCUCGGAGAUAAUCUUCCAGACUCUGUGAGGAUACAUGGCGCUUGCCGUCGUGUGAAGAAAAUGAGAGAAAAUGUGCUUCAGUGCUUCAAAUGUUUCAAGUUUGGGCACGGAAAGAAUAGUUGUAGCUCACAGCAACAGAUUUGCCGAUCAUGUGCUCAAGAAUUUUUGGAAAAUCAUGAAUGCCAGGAAAAGAAAUGUGGCAAUUGCAAAGGUAAUCAUGAAAUGACGGAUAAGACGUGCCCGGAAUUCAAGAGACAAGCUUCUAUUAAAGAUCUUAUAUCUAAGAAGAGGAUUUCUUUCCGUGAAGCGGCUGACAUGGUGAAGGAUUCAGAGCCAAAAGACGUCUCGCCAGAUAUCAAUGAUUAUGCUGCAUUCCCAAUUUUUGGAAGCAAUAGUAACAAGGGAAAAGUAAAGCCAUCCAGGACUCUUAUCAAUGUUGAGGAGAUCAAGAAAAAUGCUGCAAAACAACAGGCUCAGUGGAACGCUUUGAGUCAAAAUCCCCAAGUUACUUGGAAUGCUAUAGUGAAUAAUCCUCAUAAAGUGACUGAAUUCGAGAAGGUAACAUAUUUUUUGUCAGAAAUUAUGAAGAUUGUGAAUAUCUGGGGCUUCUCUUUGAGUGAUGCGAAUCAUCCAGGAAAGCCAGAAAUUUUGGCCUGCGAUGCAGGAGAAUGCUCAGCGGAUUCAGCGAAGUGAUUAAAUGGAAAAUAUAGUGUGAAUUGUUAAAGUUACAGAAGUAGAUUUUAUUUUUCUAAA